AGUAUUGGGAGAUGAACUAGAACUCAUCUCCUACAGUACUAAAAACAAAUAUGAGUUUAGAACCUUGUCUGUUUUUAUUUUUAUAAGGCCAUGUGAAGUGUCAUUUUGGUUUCCCCUUAAAAAUUCUUGCAACAAAACUCCAUUUAUCAAAGCCACUUCAUUUAACAUGAAGAAGGAAUUGUGAAGCUCUUACUGCUUCCAUGAAGCCAUAAAUACAUUUUGCAUAAACAAAAUUUUAUUUUGUUUAUAAAUACAACGUAAAUAUAACAACCAACUUGUACAUCCAUGUUCCACCCACCUCCUAAGUGAGCAGUGACACAAGCUGUGGCUUUUUGGGAAAGGCAAAUAGAUAAAUUCAACAUUUGCCAGCAUUAAUUGCUGGUUGUGUCAUCAGCUCAGUGCUGACAGAUGAAGGUGUUGCCAUUUUAAGUGAGUUUUAUGAAAACAGCAGUAGUUAAUCCUUUUUUUGGUUAAAUUUUUGUUUUCUUUGUGGUCGCUGAAUAGCAGAUAAAGCAAAAUAAUCACACUGCAUAGAAAUGUUUCAAUCCAUGUCCCUUUAGGGGUGAUUUGGACCUAAGCUGCACUGUUUGAUGCUAAGACACCAAAACAUGGCAUGCUGAAGGAGUGGAGCAGAACUUCCUUAACUUCUUCCUUGCAUAUGCUUCCUUUCCAGCUCCUUUCUGAGCUUUCCAAAUCCUGAUGCCUUUCCUGUGCUUGCCAUUUCUCAUCUGGAGCUGGAAAGUGCCCCAAAACACAGUCAAACAUUUGGAACUGGAGAAAUUUCUAUCCUAAAAGAAAAAAAUAUCUCAUUUGUUAAUAGAAAUGCCAGUUAAACUGAUUUAGAUUUUGCCACUGUCAUCCUUAGUUCUAUUAUCAGCUGGAAAAGGAAGUAUAUGAAAUUCACCCCUACUUCAGCUGAAAUAAUUAAAAUUACACAAGUUCCAUGAGAAAUUGUUUGAUCUGUAAAAAUGUUGACACGUGUGUCCUCCUUGUUUGCACAUUUACACUCCUUUGUUUACAUAACUCUUUGUUUAUAUAACUCUUUUAUUUCUUUAUGAAAAUCAAGUAGUGCAUAGUUUGCAUAAAUGAAAAAUUAUGCUAAUCUUUAUUUGUUGUUAUAAAUGUCUCAGUAUCUUGUAUUCAGGUCAAGCUGGCAGAAGGGGUUUUCAGGAUUCUGGGAAUUGUUUCUUAGAGAGUAAAUUUGUAAAGAAGGGAUGUAAUAUGGGAAAUCACACAUCAGAUCACAAAAGCUGCACCUUUCUCUGUCACAGUGAAUCCCGAGUCAGUAUUGAGGAUUCCCACAUUGCAAGGAUCUCUGAAAUUACUGGCCGUCAAGCUGCCUGAAUUUCAGGCUCAAAUCAUCCAAAGUGAUUUUAAUCAAGGCCAGUUCACCUUUAAAAAUAAAAAAAACCCCAACUUGCCAUCUUGAGCAGCAGCUUAGAGCUGCCAACGUGCAGGGGCAGGGGGAGGAGGGAGAAGGAGGGAGAGCAGGAAGGCAGGAGCUGCAGCAGCAGAGCUCAGGAAGCGCUGGAUCCGUGCUGAGGACUCUCUGGCUGAAGUUGAGGAGAAAUACAAGAAGGCUAUGGUGUCAAAUGCUCAGCUGGACAAUGAGAAAACCAAUUUCAUGUACCAGGUGGACACCCUGAAGGAUGCACUCCUAGAGUUAGAGGAGCAGCUGGCAGAAUCCAGGAGGCAAUAUGAAGAGAAAAGUAAAGAAUUUGAGAGGGAGAAACACGCUCAUAGCAUAUUGCAGUUUCAGUUCAUGGAAAUCAAAGAGGCUUUGAAGCAGAGAGAAGAAAUGCUUGCAGAAAUCCAACAGCUGCAACAGAAACAGCAGAGCUAUGUCAGGGAAAUUUCUGAUCUCCAGGAGACAAUAGAGUGGAAAGACAAAAAAAUAGGGGCACUAGAGAGGCAGAAAGAUUUCUUUGAUUCCAUAAGGAGUGAGCGGGAUGACCUUAGAGACGAAGUGCUUGUGCUGAAGGAGCAACUGAAGAAACAUGGAAUAAUCCCAGACUCUGAUGUAGCCACCAACGGGGACACAUCAGACAUCCUGGAUAACGAAGGACACUUGGAUUCUCCCCGAAGUGCCCCAGGCACCACUCAGGCAUUAAAGACAGGAGGGGAGGGCAUGCUAGGCAAAGCCAAGGAAGUGGAGAUGAAAAAUGAGAUUUUGGAGGAUGUGGGGAAAAGAGAAAUCUUGCAGAAUACUGAGCAUGAGGAACACAAAGAGGAGUCUGAGGAGGAAGUACAGACAUUGCAUGCUGUUGAAAACGCAAAGGCAGAACAAAUGGUUGAAAUACGGCACACCCUGCCUGCAGUGAUGUUACCAGAGAGUAGGUUUGCAGAGCAAGCCCAAAGCCUCCCAGAACCUGUGUCAGGGAGCACUCCUUCAAACAGUGACAGUGACACAGAUGGCUUGAGAAAGGUCACAGAGCCCAGGGGCACAGCAGCCCAGCAGCCUGAGAGUGCACAGGCUGAACACCAUGACUUGAGUGCAAGGACAAAUGAGAACCUGGAGCUGGGCUCUCUGCAAGGCCACCCGAUUUUUGAGACUCCUCAGGAAAUGUUCUGUGACUCAGGCACAGAGCAGCAGCUGGGAGAAGCUGCACCCAACCAGGAAGAGCAAGAGGAUCUUGAAACCAGCCAUGCCCUGAGUGAUGAUGAAAUGGAUGAAGGGUCUGACACCACAAGUGAGGGCAGUGAGUUGGUUUCCAACCAGGCAGGGCUACCUGAGGGAGCAGUGGCAGGCUUGCUUAGGGAAGAGGGAAAUGUGGAGAGUUCCACUCCAGAGGAACCCCAGCACUCAGAAGAAAGUGCUGAAAACAAGGUUGCAAAUGUCUUGGAGGAAAAGUUUGUUGACUGCACUGAUGGGAGAAGUGAUAAAACAGCAGGUGACAGAGCUGAAGAAGAAGAUGAGGUUGGGAACACAGUUCAGGGUCAGAUGGAGGGGACAGAGCCAUGUGAAAGGGAUGUCCCAGCAGAGCCGCUUGGAAAGGAAGGUGGAGAACAUCAGGUAUUGAUCCAACCAGAUUCUUCACAGGACAGUGCUUCAGCAUCCCCAGAGGAACCAGGUACACAAGGUAAAAGUGAAGAGGAAACUGCUACAGCUGAGAAGGAUGGACAGAAGGAAGAGCUGAUGGAAGAGCUGGAGGAGUGUUCAGGUUCUGCUGGAACAGGCAGGCAAGGUGUGGUGUCUGUGGAGGCAGCAGGCUCCAUUCCUGAGGGAAAGGGAGGUGAGCUGCAGCAGGCACAGCCAGGAACAGAGGUUGGGGCGAUCACUCAGGAAGCCCAUUCAGACCCAAGUCUUUUAGAUGAUAAAGUUAAGGAGUCAGAAUUGGAAACAGGAGAUGAGGCUGGCGAAGGACAGGAAAGUAGGACAGAAUGGGUAGAAGAUCUGAAUCCAAAGGCUGAGGUUCAAACAAGUCGGGGUAGUGAAGAAACAGCAGAAGGUACAGAGGGAGAGAAAAAUGUUCCUUCAGAGGGUGAAGAGCAGGAGGUGGUUCAACAAGUAGAAGGUGAAUCUAAAGAGGAGUCAGGUGUAGGUGUUACUGUAACUACUGAAAACAAAGCCAGUAAAGAAACUCUGAAAGAAAACGAGCAAGAGGUAGAGCUUGCACACCACCCUGGUGGGGAAUCUGCUUCUGAGGAAGGUGCAAAUGAUGCCCUGCAACAGAAACCUGUGCAGGAUGAAAACAUUGGUGAACAGGUUAAGUUGGAGGAAGGGGCAGAUAAUUCCCUGGCACAGAAACUUGUGCAGAACGAAAACAUUGGCGAACAAGUUAAACUGGAGGAAGGUGCAAAUAAUUCCCUGCCCCAGGAAGCUGUGCAGGAUGAAAAGAUUAGUGAACAAGUUAAAUUGGAGGAAGGUGUAAAUGAUUCCCUAGAACAGAAAGCUGUGCAGGAUGAAAACACUAAUGAACAGGUUAAAUUGCAGGAAAGGGCAAAUAAUUCCCUGCCCCAGAAAGCUGUGCAGGAUGAAAAGAUUAGUGAACAAGUCAAACUGGAGGAAGGUGCAAAUGAUUCCCUGGAACAGAAAGCUGUGCAGGAUGAAAAUAUUAGUGAACAAGUUAAACUGGAGGAAAGUGCAAAUAAUGCCCUGGAACAGAAACCUGUGCAGAAUGAAAACAUUGGUGAACAAGUAAAACUGGAGGAAGGUGUAAUUACUUCCCUGCCAGAGGAAGUUGUGCAGAUUGAGAACAUUAGUGAACAAGUUAAAUUGGAGGAAGGUGCAAAUGUUUCCCUGGCACAGAAGCCUGUGCAGGAUGAAGACAUUAGUGAACAAGUAAAAGUGCAGGAAGGUGCAAAUAAUUCCCUGCCACAGAAACCUGGGCAGGAUGAAAACAUUAGUGAACAAGUAAAACUGGAGGAAGGUGCAAAUGAUUCCCUGGCACAGAAACCUGUGCUGGAUGACAUUAGUGAACAAGUGAAAUUGGAGGAAGAAGUAAAUGAUUCCCUGCCACAGAAACCUGUGCUGGAUGACAUUAGUGAACAAGUGAAAUUGGAGGACCAAGCAGAGGAAAGCCUGGAAGAUGAUGGUGAUGCAUUUGAUUUUGAUGAAGAGUCAAAUCAAAUACUAGAAUCUGAUGGAAAAUGUGAUGGAGAGAAAGCUGAUGCACAGGGAGAAGAGGGUGAUGGAGCAAAUGGUGCUGUUGGAAAAACUGCCCACACAGACAAAGCUGGAGAGGGAAGAGACAAAAUGGAAACCAAAGAUGCCUUGACCAAAGGUGGUGAAGCCCUGCAGCAUAAGAAAGAUGAGCCUGAAGAAACAGGGUGCUUGCAAGGGGAAGCAUUGGGGAAAGCUGAUGAGGAGGAAGAUGAAAUCAAAGUAUCAGAUUCUAGUAAAGUGGGAAAAUUCCAGGAUCGAGAUGUUUUGGAACAGGAUUUGGAAAGUGCUUUCAUUAAGAGGGCUGAAAGCAGGGAGGAUCUGCAGGUUGGUAAAAGGAGUAAGGGCAGGUCCAGAGAUGACUGUACAAUCUCCUGAGCUCAGAAUCUCAAACCUGCACGAGUUCCAUGCUCUGUGAGCAGUCCCAGGACACAAACAUGCACUUUGCACAAGACAUCAGACCUUGGAAUACUCUUAGAGCUUUGCCUUUGUAGGUAACUCAGCAUAAAGCACGGAUGUGGUAACGAUGCAAGUUUUAAGUUAUUCACUGUUGUAUACCCACCACAAGAAAUUGUAAGUGGGUUUGGUUUUGCUGUGUCUCAGGUGGAAAGCUUAUCACCUGAUGAGGAAGCUUCACAACUUGACUAUUGAAAUUAUUUUAUGCAAUUAAAGUACCUCUAGUGUGGAUAGCUGCUCCUGGGGAAUUUCUAUAGGAAUUUUUUUAUUCUAGCCUAGUUGAUCAAUAUCAUGAAUGUAUAUUGGGCCUUUGUGAAUUUAUGCACAUUAUGCUUACUUGUACUUAGAUCUACAACAAGUAUAUGAACUCUUGAUGAAGGAACUCAGCAGAUCAGCCAUCACUGAUGGUGAAACUUCUUUCAGAAUGCUUAAAGCCUAUGAACCAAUCUCUUGAUUUUUUUUUUUAAUAUGAAGAAAAAAAGAUCUUUUCAUUCCACCUUGUGUGUAUUUCUUAUAUGGUCACAUUCCAAAAUAUAGUUCGAUCACUGUGAAUCUGCUUAGUCUGAGCACUUUGGAAAAGCAAUUCACAGUUUGGAGAAAGUGCAAGAAGCAGGUCUUAGUUUGAUGAAAGGAAUAAAUAUCUACAUGUUUACUUCAUUUAGGCACUUUGCACCACAAUAGGCCUUUUACACCAUGUCUCACAUGGGGUUUUUAUUUUUUUCCAGAGAAAGUGUCAAUACACACUGUAAUGUGUGCUUAGGUUUGCUAUCAAGUACUGUCUAGAUAUGAAUAUAUAAAAAAUAUCUAUUUUUCCAAGAAGAUUUUUGUUUAAAAUUGCAUUUGCUUGCUGCAUUAUAUAUAUAUUUUUUUUUGCAAACUCUGAUUCUGAAACAAUGUUUUUAUCUCUGAAACAAAUCUUAUCUCUUUCCUUCUGGAAAGAAGAUAACUUUGCAUGUCUUAACUCUUGCUGGAUAUCAGACCAAAGAUGACUGUUGUUUUGUGUACUAGCCCCCUGGUGCCUUUUGGAAAAGCUGGGUUGCUUUGAAUUGCUGGCAUAAAUUAAGCUUGUGGAAUCCCUUGCUGUAUUUCCUCUUGCAUCUCUGCUAGUGCUUGGGAGGAAGAGCAUGUUUUGCAUAUAUAAAUAUUCAUUUAAGUGUUAAGCAAUGAAUGUCCCAAGGGAAUGCAGACCGAAGGGGGUGUGGGCUGUGGAAGGUUGUAUUUGUGUUGAUGUUACAAAGUUGUCCGAGCACAGACAGACUGCAAGAUUUGAACUUGUAUAUCCAAAUGUACUGCUGUAUAUAAUUUAAAUAAACAUAUUUUAUACUUUAAAG